AUGGGUGUCUACAUGAGAGACAUCCACACUCUCAGGCUGCGGCAAGCGCCCAGACAUCACAGUGCACGUGGAGGAUCGAAAGAAGAAGUCAGCGAGUUACGAAGGAGGAAUGGGCAAGUGCCAGAAGUCCUGCGCGUCCUUUGCAGCCGCAUGCAGACCAUGCAAGAGGACACCCACAGACCCCUCCUGCUCCAGGCAGCGUAUCUCCUGGCCCGCUUUCACCACGAGCCUGUGGUCGACAGCCUCCUCCAGAAACGUCUGCCCAUGGACGGGGAUGCGACGGAGCUGUGGAGGAUCCUGGGGAGAAGCAGCCUUGGCGUUCAGGUCCUGAAGUACUUAAAACAGAAAUUAGAGGCAGCGGGAGAGAACAGCCCUGGGCCCCACUCCUCUGCUCACAAACUGGACCACAGCCAGGCUGCUCUGGAGUCCCUCACGCUCCCCCGUGCCGUCUCCGAGGUGGUGUUCGUGCUGCCAGCCAAGGAAAGGGUCCAGCGCCUGCUUCCCCGUCUCCUUCCUGGCCUCCUGGGUGAGAUCAGCAAGGCGCUGGGUGAGGGGAUGCUGCUUGCCCCUCUGAGAUGCCAGAGAGGGCUCUUCUUCAGUGCAUCAAGGAGUGAGGACAAGCCACGCAGCCCUUACUGUGGGGCUUUAGAGCUGGUGCUGAGCAGAUGCGUGGAGAAGAGAUGGCUGUUGCUGCUGCGGAGGCAGGGAGCGUGGGCAUCCCUCAAAAACCCACAGGCUCAAGCUGAUGGUGUGAUUCUCCUGACGAGUGUCCUGCUUCGCAACCGGCUCGUCACAAGGGGUGCGAUAUGGACCCUCUCCCAGUGGCUGAACUCCCCCUCGGGAAACCUGCAGCUCACAGCGACAGCUUGCUUUGCUGAGCUGAUGAAGGAUCCGCCAGUCAUGGAGAAGAAGUUCCUGGAAAGUGUCCUAGGUGUCUCGGUGGAGAAGUCACAGCACGGAAUCGGCGCCGUGCGGCAGAUGGCAGUGAGAGGUCUGGGCAACGCCGUCAGGGGAGCACCCAAGGAGGAGGAGCUUAGCAAGCUCACUGCAACCGAGGAGCCUGCGGGCAGCUCCCCCAUGUACCAGCGAUUACGCCGCCUGCGUGGCCUUGUAGGAAAACCCUGUAACAGCUCAAAUGGCCAAAAUGGCCUUACCCUUCCCACAAGUGGUGUCUGCACAGCACCCUGCAUGGAGAUUGGAGGCGCAUUCGGUGCUGCAAAAGUCAGGGUUCCCAGCAUCUGA